AUGGAGUACCCGCCGCAGUAUCAGCAGCAUACUCAACAUCCUCAUUUGCAGGGAGGCUAUCAGACGUCGCCACAGAGCGCUGGCCCCGGGUCUCUCCAGUCGCCAUCGGGUCCUCAAUCGCACAUGCAACAACACAAUCCGAACCAAGCGUCUCCUAUCCUACCUUCGCAGACCCAGAACCACUACCAACCUCAACCGGCCGCCGGAGUCCAUCAAUCAAUGGGCUAUCCUCAGUAUGGUGUCAAUGCGGGACUGUCACAAGGUUAUGGCAUAUCGCCCACUCAGGCUGCGGCUAUGGCCACAGCAGCGGCAUCCGGUCAGUAUACGCCGCCUUCUGCGCCAAUUGGGGAACAUCCAUCAGCUGACUUCAAUUCUGUAGGGCAAAUGCCGCCUCUCCCAUCGACUGUAAGCAUGCCUCAGGCAGGGCAGAUGAAUGCGCAAAGGCGCAUGAGCCAGCAUAUUACGAGCCCUCAUGGCCAGGUGUCUCAGCCUGCCAUGAACCAUACCUUGCCUCGACAGUCUGUUCCACCCGCCAUGCCUCCGCCGCAGCAGCCUGUUCAGGCACAAGAGGAGAUAUCUGGAGGAGGAGCUGAGGAGUCUCCCCUCUAUGUCAAUGCGAAGCAGUUUCAUCGCAUCCUCAAACGGCGCGUUGCCCGACAGAAGCUUGAGGAGCAGCUCCGACUUACCUCCAAGGGGCGGAAACCUUAUCUGCACGAGUCAAGACAUAACCAUGCUAUGCGCAGACCCCGUGGUCCCGGUGGUCGAUUCUUGACUGCAGACGAAGUAGCUGCUCUAGAGAAAGGCGAAGGGGGUGAGAACGGUACCCCAGUGACCAAUAAACCCGACAAGGCGACGUCGGGUACGAAGAGAAAGGCUGGGGCCAGCAACAACGAGACCCCCAGUAAGAGGUCGAAGGUCGCCAGCGAAAGCGCAGAAGACGACGAUGACGAUGAUGGCGAGGAGGAUACCGGCUGA